AUCUCACCAGUGCGAGAGAGCGAGAGAGAGCGGGCAAUGGAUUGCGUUACCUUUCCUCGCCUCUUCAUCGCCCUCUUCUCUGUUGUGAUUCUUCUCUGUCGCAGAAGUGGAAAUUUCCAGGCGUGAUUUUAUGGCUUUCUUUUGGUAUGAUUCUUCCGAUGCACCUCUCUGUUGUUGCGAGUAAGGCCAUUGUCGCAUUUGAGCCGGAGAAGCCAUUGUGGCUCCACAGGUGGAGUUGAUUUUCAUUCCAGCAGUUGCUUCCCCAUCGUGAAGUUGUUGGAGAUUUCUAGCAUUUGAAGUCAUGCCGACAGAAGGAUAUUAUCGGUGAGGAAUAGCUCGGUUAGGUGCCUUGUGUGCAGCUCCCAAAUUGGAUGCAGGGUGGGGCGAAGAAGCUCUGGAUUGGAGAGGCGUGUAGACAAAUUCAUCAUUGUCGGAAAUUCAUCUGUAGAGGAUGUAAGACCCGUCUCAAAACAAAGACUGAUAUAGGGGGGUAUUGCGUACAUGGAUCAUGAAGGUUGCAGUAGUGGGGGCAUGUCAGCCCCAACGACAUACACUUUUGCAUUCAAUGACAGUAAUUUUUCGGAUCGGGUGCUUCGGAUCGAGGUGGUGGCCGUGUCGGAGAAGAACGAUGCAGGUAGUGCAAGUUCUAGACAGAAGAAACGGCGACGUGCUCAUCGCCAUUCUGAAGCAGUCGUGGAGGGCGUGUCAAAGUUAUUAGGUGGUCCUGUGGAAGCUCAACUAGGAGAGGGACAAGAAGAGCAGGUCAUGUAUGUCGGUGAAGAUGUGGCACCUCAAGAAGCCGACGAAGAAGCCGUGGCCAUGAUAGAAGAGCCACAUGGAGUCAAUAGCAUGUUUUCAGCACUUGGAGAUUCUGCAGGGGACGACGGUGGGGCAUCUUCAGGAACUUGGAACAUGGAUACAUCUGUUGUUCUUAGGAGCAAAACAAUACACAUCAGCUCUGCCAUUUUGGCUGCCAAAAGCCCUUACUUCUACAAGCUCUUUUCUAAUGGGAUGCGAGAGUCAGAGCAACGUGACGUUACUCUUCGGAUUACCCAAGCAGAAGAAUCACCGUUGAUGGACCUACUUCAGUUUAUGUACAGUGGAAGGGUUCAGGCAAACACUCCAGCCACUGUGCUAGAUGUUCUUAUGGCGGCUGAUAAAUAUGAAGUAGCAACCUGUAUGCGGUACUGUAGCCGAUUGCUCAAGAACAUGCCAAUGACAUCAGAGUCUGCUUUACUCUACCUUGAGCUUCCGUCAAGUAUUAUUCUUGCUGAGGCUGUACAACCUCUGACAGACGCAGCUCGUACUUAUUUGGCUAAUUGCUACAGAGACAUUACGCGAUUCAUUGACGAUGUUAUGGGAUUACCUCUUGCUGGAGUUGAAGCAGUGCUUGCAAGCGAUGAUCUUCAAGUUGCCAGUGAGGACUCAGUUUAUGAUUUCGCUGUACACUGGGCACGCCACCAUUACCCCAAACUAGAGGAACGUCGAGAAGUGUUAGGCUCACGACUAGUGUGGCUGAUUAGGUUUCCUAUGAUGUCAAGCCGGAAACUUCGGAAGGUGUUGACUUGCACAGAUUUUGAACAUGAAUUGGCAUCGAAGUUGGUCCUCGAGGCACUCUUUUUUAAAGCUGAGCCUUCACAUCGACAACGUCAGUUGGCCAUGGAGGAGACUAUGCACAAACGCUAUUGUGAACGGGCAUACAAGUAUAGACCAGUAAAAGUAGUCGAUUUUGACACAUCGUCUCAGUGCUUAGUGUAUUUAGACUUGAAGCUUGAUGAAUGCCGUGCCCUGUAUCCUCAAGGGCGUGUCUAUACCCAGGCUUUCCAUUUGGGUGGCCAGGGCUUUUUCUUGUCUGCUCAUUGCAACCUAGAUCAGCAGGGCCAGUACAAAUGCUUUGGACUCUUCCUUGGGAUGCAGGAAAAAGGGUCUGUGAGCUUUGCCGUUGACUACGAGUUUGCAGCAAGAAUGAAGCCUACCUGGGAGUUCACGCCCAAGUCGAAAGGUAGUUACGUAUUUACGGGUGGCAAGGCAGUAGGAUAUCGAAACCUAUUUGGAAUGCAGUGGCAGGACUUCAUUGCUGAGGGUUCGCCUUACUUCCGUAACAAUAUUGUUCAUCUGCGGGCAGAGCUUACCAUCAAGAAGUCGCCAAGCGGAUGAUUUUCGAAUGCCACGCAUAUGUAUAAAAUAAACAACUCAACCAGGUCAAGAGCUUAGAUGCUUUUCUUAUUCUGAUGACCCGAAAGAAAUCACGAUGGACAUCAACGCCCCAUUUUCACUCUACUGAACCCUCGAUGUUAUGAGACACAUUUUGCUAGCUUUGCUGAAGGAUGGGAUCAAUUGUUCUUUUGGGGCCGUACUAAGAAUUUGCACGAAUGAUCAAGUGGUUGUUCUGUCAAUGAUUCUUUCGUACUUAAAAAGUGAUCCUUGGAGGUUUCGUUAUUGUUUGAUACAUUGGUGCCCCAACUUUCGCUAUUUUCCGGUAUACAUGCUUCGGUGAAGACCUCAUCCUGGGAGCUUCUUGUUACAUGGAAUCUCUGGCUUCACCGUAACACCUACACCUAUGCCAAAUUUGUUUUGUCGUUGUCAGGAUCUAAAGAUCCUGUACAUAAGGAAAUUUUAGUUUAAUAUUUUUGAAGAUCAACAAAAAAAAUCGUGCAUUUAUAGUUCAAAGAAUAUGUUGAAUAUUUCGCAUAAAAGUUAUAUGUAAUUCGCUCAAAGCUAUUUUUGUAUCUUCUUGUGAAAUCAAUUUCAAUCCGAUUAGUAGAAUU